AUGAAGAAUGGGAAAAUAGUUUGCUACAUCCCAGGGCCCGACUUACGUAAAAGCUUACAUCUCCUCCAGGACAGAGACUGGCAAGGUAUUGCUGGUCCCAAAGCUGUCUCCACUGGUCAAAUGCAGUCAGGCUUGAACGAAGAUGAACAGAGACUCCUUGGGACGUCAAGUUCGGAUCUCUGGGCCAUUUCCUAUCUCCAACAAAACUCCCCUUGCGCGGGUGGAAACCACUGGUUCGUGCGGCAUCUCAGAGCAUAUGAGAUGAAGACUAGCAAUCGAAAAAUUAUCUUAAUUAUAGAAGCCUGCCCUCAAGGUUACUGGAACUUAGGUUAA